AUGGCGUCGGCGGUGGUGACGGUGCUCUCGAUCAAGCUGGCCAAACCACAACGAGAGCACGUGCGCAAGCAACGGCAGGUUGACAAUGUCUCCCCGCUUCUGAGUGGCUACAUCAAGAAGGAGCAGGAUGUCUCCGGCGCAGCUGGCACAAAGCAAGAAGUCAAGCAGGAGCUGGCAAAGCAUGCCAAGAAGGAGCCAGAGAAAAGCACAGUGGAGGUAAAGAAGGAAAUAAAGCAAAAGGUUCGGGAGGUGGAGCGCGACAUGCAGGAGGAGGUGGCAAGCGUCACGAAAAAAACAUCGAGCAUGGAUGUGAAGGAGGAAGUAAAGAAUGGGACGUGCAAGGCGGAACAGGAGACGACAACGAGGGUGCCGCAAAAGGUUAAGCAGGAGAGCGAAUCGGGUAAAAUAAAGGGGGUGAAGGGGGAGUCGAAGGAGCAUGUGAAGGAGGAAGUGGAGGAUGAGGUGAAAGAAGAGGUGAUGGAGGACGUGAAGCAGGUGAAGACGGAGGUGAAGGACGAGGUGAUGGAGGAGGAGGUGUUGCCGGAGAUCAAGAAAGAGGUAAAGCAAGAAGUGAAGCGCGAGAUCAAGCGGGAGGACCUCACAUGGAACAGCCAGUCGACCAGAGUGAAGCGGGAGUGUGUGGAGGAAGCUGAGCCCACGUUCUCGGUCAAGCAGGAAGAAGCCGAAGGGGCGGUGUCUGUUCGUCCCAGCAAGAGGCGCCGCAUCAGUCACAAGAGGCCGGACAUCUCGCCUCCAUCGUUUGAGUCGCGACUGCCAGAGUGGGCCGAGAAAUGCCUAGCAUUUCAAUCCUCUGGCAAGACGUGGCUGCCCACGAAGCCUUGCUGCCCCGCCAGCCCGUUCCUCGGGCUGGCAGCUGCCGCGUGGGAAGGAUGCCCGGAGAAUGAGGCAACUGCCUGCGUGCAGCGCCUCAGCAAGAUGCAGUUCUGCGAGUUCCGCGACUUCUUCCACGAGUACCCGCACCAUGCCCUCUUCAAUGAUCACGGCAAGGACCGCGGCGGCUCAGGGCCAGUGGAGAAGGCGCACGGUCCCCAACUUGAGCACUUGCAGGAUCCAGCGGCGAAGCAGCACCGUGCAGCCGAGAUGAUGAAGAUGUGGCCCUGGAUGCACGACCUUCCGACGCGGGCUUGGGCCGGCCACGGCUGGCUGGUGGAGGAGGACGGCAUGCGCAGGCUCUCGCCCACGGGCGGCGGCUCCGCCAUGAAGGGCCUCGAGAUCUUCGAGGCCUUCGGCACCGUGCCAGAGGAAAGCCAGGAAGCCGCCGGCGCUUCGGCUCCGAGCAGCUCCGGGGCCGCCGGCCAAGUUAUUACGAGGAGCUUCCGCGGCCUGGAGCGCCAGAGCGGGGUGGAAAACAUCUGCUGGAAACAGGACAAGGCAUGCUGGUGCGUCACCAGCACGCAAGCAGGCAAGCGGCAGCAGGUCCAUUUUUUCAUCUCCAAGCACAUGAAGGAGGGCCUCUCCGAGGACGAGGCCGUGGCGGCCGCGCUGGCGGAGGCCAAGGCGCACCGCGAGGAGCUGGUGCGCCAGGGCAAGCUGAAGCCCCCGAAGCCCGUGACCGGGAGAACCACCCGUUCCACGGUGAGGGGGGUCCAUUCCCAUUCUAAUCAGAGCAACUUCCAGGUGAAACUCACGAAUCCCCGCACCAAGAAGCUAGAAUUCGGGGGCACCUUCAAGACGCUGGCGGAGGCGGAGGCCAAGGCGCGGGAGCUGGCCAAGAAGCUCGGGCUGCAAGCCGAGGGCGGGGUGGUGCCGGUGGACCGGCUCGCGGAGGUCCCGCACUUCGAGCCGCUCGGGCCGGAGAAGGGGGUGAAGUGGAGCCCCGGAGAGAAGGCCUGGCAUGCAUGUUGCAAGGUCGGUGGCAGGACGAGGAACAUGAGGUUCCGGCCCAAGGACUAUUCGGAGAAGGAGGUGGAGAAGGCCUGGAAGCAGGCGGUGGCCUGGCGCAAGCAGCAGGAGAAGGAGAGGGAGCGGGCGGACCGAGCUCCAAAGCGCUGA